AGGAUUAACCUAUAAUUUUACACCCGCGAAAAAGAGAAAAAAUCUUCGUCGAAUGUCCGUUGCUGUGCUCGUGACCGCGCGUCGGGGUUGUCAACAGAGAAUCAGCUCAUCCUUCUGAAAUUUCUUAGUCCAAUCUCCACUGAAUUUGUUUCAGAUGGAGCAGUCUAUAUCAUCACUGGCAUUCAAGGGAUCCGUGCCUGAAGCAAUUAUCGAAUCCAAAAAUCAAAAAAAACUAUUUGUGGUUUAUAUUUCCGGUGAUGAUGCUGAAUCAAGCAGUUUGGAAAGUUCAACUUGGACAAGUUCAAGGGUGGCUGAAGCAGUGUCAAAAUACUGCGUUUUAUUGCAUAUUCCUGCUGGAAGCUCUGAUGCUGCUCAGUUUUCAUCGAUAUACCCGCAGAAAUCUGUACCAUGUAUAACAGCUGUUGGAUACAAUGGUAUACAACUUUGGCAAAAUGAGGGCUUUGUUGGUGCUGAGGUUUUGGCUUCCAGUUUAGAGAAGGCAUGGUUGGGUCUUCAUAUCCAGGAAACAACCGCAUCUGUUUUGACGGCAGCCCUUGCUUCAAAGAAGUCUGAGGCAUCUACUUCGAGGCCUUCUGAUUCAGGGAGUUCCUCUUUGGCAGCUGUUUCUCAUGCAGAUCAUCAUAUUGAUUCCUCAGAGACUAAUCUGGGUGUCAAUAGUUGUGUAGCAGAGGAAGAGAAAGGGACUGAAAAUUCCUCUAAAAAAAGGAAGGAGCCUGAAAAACGAGUCAAGGAGGAAGACAUCAAAUCAGAUGUUAAGGAGUCCACUGUACAUCAUUCUGUGAGUGUUGGGAAUAAUAAUGAAUCCCCUGAUCCCUCUGAGAAUAAUAAAGGCUCAUUGGCUGAUCCUGGAGGCCAGAAAAACUGUUCUUCUGAAAAUACUUCCACAAUUGUGCACGACUCUCCUAUCAUUCCAAACCAUAUUGAGUCAUGUCAAUCAGGAGCUUCAAGACCAAUUCCUCCAGAAACCAAGGAAGUGGCCCAACAAGAAAAGAACAAAAUUGUGGAUGAGAAUAAUGCUAUUGAAAAUGGCAGUGCCCCCAAGAACUACACUUCAAGUGAUAUUCAUUUAAACAUUCGGCUGCUGAAUGGUGUUAACGUCCAGGAGAAGUUCUCCAAGACAAGCACCUUGAGAAUGGUCAAAGACUACGUGGAUAACAGCCAGGAAAGUACCUUUGGAUCUUAUGAUUUAGCUGUUCCAUAUCCACGCAAGGUUUUCACAGAUCAAGAUUUGGAGAAAUCAUUGUCUUACUUGGGCCUUUCUAAUAGACAAUCAUUGAUAAUGGUUCGACAUCUGGGAGUUACUCGUGAUUUCAGGGGAGCAUCCUCCUCUGCUGAUCAAAGAAAUUCUGCAGCCAAUGGUGGAUCUUCAGAUGAAAACGGUGAUGGAUACUUUGCAUUCGUUAGAAGGAUUUUAUCUUAUGUGAAUCCAUUCUCCUAUCUUGGGGGCACCAGACAUGAAACUCAAGGAGAUGUGCGACAGUAUAGUAGUGAAUUUUCAGAAGUAGAGAGGCGCCAUGUCCGCCAACCAAACCAAGGAACUGCAACAACGAGCGGAAACAAUACCCGUGGGAAGCAACCAUUGUCAACAGCUAGAUUUGGAGCAAAUAUUCAUAGCAUUCAUACGUUGAAGAAGGAUGAAGACGACGAACGGUUCAAAGGUAGGAAUUCCUUUUGGAAUGGUAAUUCUACUGAGUAUGGUGGUGAUGAUGGUGAUAGCAAAUGAGGCCCAAUGUCUAGACAACACUACAUGUGAUGCUUAUAUUAUAUAAACAACCUGCUCUUAAACCGUUUAUUAACAACACAGACACUGUAAAUACCUAAAAUUAAAUAAUUUUAUACAUUCGGAUGUCAUCUCUGCUCUCAA